AAUUCUGAAAGUUUCUUUCCUAUUUUAUUUUAAGAUUUUGCAUUCUUACUGAUUUUAUAUUAGUUUUUAAACAUAAUUUAUAAAUAUCAAUGUAUUUUCCUAUAAUAGUCACAGCUUCUACAAGUUUUGAUAUCAAUACAUGCUUUUUAAUUUUUUUAGAUAGUAGCUACAAUCUUUAUCAAAAUCUCUUCAAUCAAAAAUUUAAAAUCAAAACCUAAAGUGGAAGUCGUUAUCAACCGGAGCUAUUUUGACUAAACCAACCCAAUCCGUUUAAUGGCCGAACCAAAGAACUGUAUAACUGAUUUGAUGCUCUGGGAGAGCUUGGGAUCACGUGCAAUUGAGGACGUGUGUCGUGAUUUCAUUGAUUGCACUCUAUAACAAAACUAAAGUUUUGUAACCGUUAUCCUUAAAUUAAAGAUUCAAUAUAAGUUGCCUUCUUCAAUCUUAUUAAGGCUCAUUAAAUAUAACAUAAAUGGGCCACUUAUAAGGCCCAUAACAAGUUAAAGCUUUUUCCAAAACUGACAAGUUAUUGUCCCCCAUCCGCUAUUGCGCAGUAUAUAUCCUUAAACGCCUUUUACUUUCUCAAGUUUUAAUCAAACUGCACUUUCCAGUUUCCAAAUCAGCAAAACAGCGUCGUUCUCAGCCAUGAGCAAAGUAGGCGGCUCCGGCAAAGGGUUAUCAUAUUCCGGCAGACAGCGGCCGAAGAAUUUGCCACCUAUACCGAGUAACCGGUUCCAGAAAAGUGGGAACAAAGAGGUGUACGAGACGAAGAACAUGGAGAACGCGUUUGUGAUGAGGGUAGACAUGCCUGGGUGUUCCGCGUCAAGCUUCGUCUACAGGGUCGAGGAGGGUAAGAACGUCCACUUCUCCGCCCACGAACCCGACAUGCCCGAGUACAGCCACGACGGACGCAAAUACGAAGGCACAUUAGUUUGCAAUCCAGCGGUUUUCGAGGUGAAGGAAGCUAAGGCUGAACUUGUCGAUGGAGUGAUGUGGCUCACCGUUCCCAAGAUUCCUAGAAAAGAGGAGCCCGAGCAUUAUGUCCUUCAGAAGAUGCUGAAGCUCAAGAUUACAAGCGACAUGUUUCGAUGAGAGCCUGUACGUCUUGUCUAGACUCGUGAUGGUGUCUAGGGUUUACGGUCGGUCUUCUCUUUAUCUGUAACUUUUAUUUUCUCUUUGAUGGUUUUGAAUAAUAGGGCAUGUAUGACGUGGCAUUCGUUGCAGUUUGUGUUUAUCUAUAUGUUUUAUGGUUA